GCCAUGUUUCAGGUAAUGUUCAACGUGGUGACGGAGAAAGUUACCUUCACCUUGGCAGCCGGCCCCUCCAUCACAUGGAAGGCUGUACAGACUUCCAGAGAGUUAAAUUCGCCCCACGGAUGUGACAGCAGCAACGCCAAAAGAUGUCCUGCUGAAGAAGAACCUGGGUUUGGAGAGGAUGAAGACCAUCAGGUAUGGGAUGUGAGCUAUAAAGCUCUCUGUCCUGAUGCUUAUGAUACGGAAAACAUGACAGCAUGUCAGAAUGGCUGUGGAAAUGACACCUCUGUCACCUGUAUAGUCAUGGAUAAUAAAGAGUCACAGAACAACACUACCUCAUUAUUGCCCAAUGGGGGAUGCAACACCAGUAGCAGCUAUGAAGAUGAAGGCCAGGACAGCAAAGUCAGCCCUUCCAAAAUCAUGCGGUUUUUCUCCACUCCUCGGAAAAGAUCUGGCUCCAAUGUAGAAAGGCCUCAUUCCCUGAUAGUCAUGGGGAACCCCUCGACAUGGAACGCUUUGUCUUCCAUUAGAAAAAUGGGAUCUUUCAAGAAGUUAAAAUCAUCCGUGCUCCAAGGAAUCCAAGCCAAGGAAGACUCUGACAACUUAAAUGACACCAUCUUGGAUAACGAUAUCCGAAAGCGUGUGCCAAACGGUGCGGUGAUGAGAGUUCAGACAAACAGGUAUUCCUACUCAGGACCCCUACAUGAUUUGCACAGCAUGGUAGAUAAUACUUUGGCUUCUGAUAACUCUGAUGGAGAGGAGAGCGAUGACUCCUUCCUGAGGAACACUCGCCGAUCACGUAGCAUCAGGCGCGCCUAUGGCAUUGGCCGCAUAAAUUUGCUAGACACUGAAAAAAUUAAAGACCAUCAGAACAGUACCAGAACCGUACCUCCCAUCAUCCAGGAGUCGCAGAUUUGUGAAAUUGUGGUGAAAGAUUCCGAAAGCAAUGAAGUCGUCUACAGGCGGAGCAAGAGCAUAGACAACCUGAACUUUCUGAAAAAGGGCUCCUUCAAACGGAAGUCCGCCUCAAACCUCACUGACCUCAAAGUUGCGAGUGAAAAGCAAACUCCGCAGAGAACGACGAGCACUUCUUCAGCCGACUCAGACAAAACCAACAGGAACUCGGAGCGGAGAUCAAAACGCUGGAAGAGCCCAAUUAGAGCAAAGGAUUUUGACAGAGUCUUGAGACUUGUUAGCAACGUCAAGAAAGACAGUCCUAAGAGCGAAACCCCAUCACCCAGCGAACAGAACCAGAGGACAAAAUCGAACAGCAGGCUGCAUGAUGAUUACUCUCGUAGGGUGUCUAGCGGCAAUGAAAGUGACAGGCGGAGGUGUCACCCUCCCAAAUGUAGCCCAGACUCUAGCUUUUCUGAAGCUGGUCUCCCAAGAGGCUCAGAGGAAGACAGUGUCGGGACUGACGUAUUGACCUGCAAUACCAGUAGUCACGGAGUUUCGUCCAGCGACACCCCAGAUUCAGUAUGUCCGUCACCUCCCUUUAAGGACGUUAGCCCAAUUCCUAAUGAAGUGUUUUAUGAAGACUCAGACGGACCAAAAAGUUCCAGCCAGUUUACAUGCAGCACUGAGCAUCCCAGCGUCCCCGCCAGACCUGCGGCCCCUAAGCCUCAGAGCCCUAGUGCCGAAAAGGUUAAGUGCAAUAUUAAUUCCCAUUGUCCGGAUCAGUGCAGCACCUUGUCGCUCAGCUCAAUGGAAAGUGAGGAAAGAGGGGAGGGGCCUUCUGCCAGGCUGGGGAAAAGCACUGUCUGUUUCCAGGACGCCGUGCAAGCUGCCUAUUACGACGAGGCAAACGAAGACAGUGGCAUCAGCAGCCACUCUCAGCUGAGCCUCAAUUUAGCUCCGAGUGCUGAAGAAAGGAAGGAAGAGGUGGUUACUGAUGAACACUGGAAGAGGUCUUCAUCCCAAGAUGAAGAGAGGACAGAGGCUCAGAAGGUCACAGCCAGGAGGUGGGGCUCUGGAAAAAGAUCUCGACCUCGGCCCCUCUCAGAUUAUGGCCAGUUAGCCAUUAGGAGUUUCUCGAUACCAGAAGAUUCUGUUGCUAUGGAGUCCCUGAUGGUGGAGUGUGCAGAUGACAAGAAUGAGCCUGGAUUGCCGUCUGCUGAAUCUGGAGCCGGUACAGUAGCCAGCCAAAGAGAGCGCAAGAGAAGACCCAUCUCUGUCAUUGGUGGGGUCAGUUUCUAUGGGAACAACCAAACAGAAGAAAUAGCAGAUCUUCUCUCACAACCAGUUGAACGGCCUCCAGUACCAGCCCAUCAGGUUCCUCCUUAUAAAGCCGUCUCAGCCAGAUUCCGUCCCUUCACCUUUUCUCAAAGCACACCCAUUGGUCUGGACAGAGUUGGAUGCAGGCGGCAAAUGAGAGCAUCCAAUGGCACUGCAGAUGAUGGUGCUGAAUCUUCUGCCUUAGUGGAUGAUAAUGGCAGCGAGGAAGAUUACAGCUACGAGGAGCUCUGCCGAGCCAGCCCUCGAUACCUGCAGCCUGGAGGGGAACAGCUAGCCAUUAACGAGCUGAUCAGUGAUGGGAGCAUGGUCUAUGCGGAGGCACUCUGGGAUCACGUGACCAUGGAUGAUCAGGAGCUCGCUUUCAAAGCGGGGGAGGUCAUCCAAGUCCUUGAGGCUUCCAACAAGGAUUGGUGGUGGGGAAGAAGCGAAGACAAGGAAGCCUGGUUCCCGGCAAGCUUUGUCAGGUUGCGAGUCAAUCAGGAGGAACUUGCCGAAAACAGUGGGAGCCUUCAGGGUGAGGAGCAAAAUGCAGAUCCUGGGAAGCAGCGCCAAAAAAUUGCUGAAAACAAGGAUCAGAUGAGAACAAAUGUAAUUCAGGAAAUAAUGAACACGGAGCGGAUCUAUAUCAAACACCUCAAAGACAUCUGUGAGGGGUACAUUCGUCAGUGUCGCAAACACACAGGAAUGUUCACUGCAGCCCAGCUCAUCACCAUUUUUGGAAACAUCGAAGAUAUUUACAAAUUCCAAAGAAAGUUCUUGAAAGACCUAGAGAAGCAGUACAACAAAGAAGAACCCCACCUGAGUGAAAUAGGAUCCUGCUUUCUUCAACAUCAAGACGGCUUUGCUAUCUAUUCAGAAUACUGCAACAAUCAUCCUGGUGCCUGCAUUGAACUAUCCAACCUGAUGAAGCAGAGCAAAUACCGCCACUUCUUCGAGGCUUGCCGCCUGCUUCAGCAAAUGAUCGAUAUCGCUAUCGAUGGUUUUCUUCUCACACCUGUGCAGAAAAUCUGUAAAUACCCUUUACAGCUUGCAGAAUUACUAAAGUACACCACACAGGAGCACAGUGACUAUAACAAUGUAAAGGCAGCCUAUGAGGCCAUGAAGAAUGUCGCCUGCUUGAUCAAUGAGCGCAAACGAAGGCUAGAAAGCAUAGACAAGAUAGCCCGUUGGCAAGUGUCCAUAGUCAACUGGGAGGGGCAAGAUAUUUUAGGCCGAAGCUCGGAACUAAUCCACUCAGGAGAACUGACCAAAAUCUCCAAGCAAGGCAAGAGCCAGCAGAGGACUUUCUUUCUCUUUGACCAUCAACUUGUGUUCUGCAAGAAAGAUCUGUUGAGAAGGGACAUGCUGUACUACAAGGGCCGGAUUGACAUGGACGAGGUAGAAGUACUGGAUGUCGAGGACUGCAGGGACAAAGACUUCAAUGUCAGUGUCAAAAAUGCUUUCAAAAUCGUGAAUAGGGCCACAGAAGACGUGCUUCUGUUCUGCGGGAAAAAGCCGGGGGAUAAGAAAAGGUGGCUGGAAGCCUGUGCGAAUGAGAGGAGACGAGUGCAGGAAGACAAAGAAAUGGGCAUGGAGAUUUCAGAAAACCAAAAGAAACAAGCCAUGCAGAAUGCACGGAAAUCAAGACAUGGAAAGAUUAAAGGUGUAAGCUAUAGCAGGUGCCCAGUACCACCACCACACCAGAGUUUGCAUCCUAUCCAUCAGCGUCACAUCACAGUGCCCACUAGCAUUCCACAGCAGCAGGUCUUUGCCCUGGCAGAACCCAAGCGGAAGCCAUCGCUCUUCUGGCACACUUUUAACAAACUGACACCGUUCAAGAAAUGAGUG